AUGGAACUUACAAACAAAAAAACGGUGCUUGUGUUACUGUGCUUCCGGCCUGUGUUAGCCAUUUACGUAGCUUCUGCUCCAAUAACUGCCUCAGCCCCAGUUCCCCCGCCUAUAUCACAGCCGCCGACGGUGGUUCCUUCUGAUCCUCAGAUCAAAAGCCUGUGUGCGAAAACUGAAUACCCCGAUCUUUGCUUAACCACUAUUGCACCUUUCUUCAAUGGCAAAACAGACAUCGCAUCCGUUGUCGAAAUGCUGAUAAAAGCCGGCACUGAACAAACCAAACAGGCCAAUGCCACCGCAACAAAAAUGGCUGCCGACCCUAAAUACGCCGACGAUCCGAAGACAAUCUCGGGACUUAAAGGUUGCUAUGAAAUGUAUGAUGAUGCUUUGGAUAAUAUGCAGAACGCCAUGGACGCCAUUCCAGUUCACGACAUUGGCACCAUUGAAACCAUGGUUAGUGCAGCCAUUACGGAUUAUGGAACAUGUGACGAUGGUUUUACGAGGCAGCCGAAUCCUGUUCCUGAUGGAGUUUCUCCAAUGGUGGAUAUCAAUGAGAAUCUUCAAAAUAUUGGUAGCAUUAUCCUUGCCAUUACUGAUUUACUGCACUGA